GGGGCCCUGCAGGGACUGGGGAUCCAUCCUUGGGGACGCAGCCUCAUGGCUGGGAGCUGAGGGCUGGCCAACAAAGUGGGGAGGGGGCUGUCCCCCCCCCCCCGGACACCAUCCGGCCGCAGCCCCGCGGGCCACAGGGAGCGGGCGAUGGGCGCUUCCGGGCCGGUGCACGUGGGGAGGCGCGGGGCGUCAGCCUGGGGAUCAGGAGCAGCCCCGAGAGGCAAAGUGUUGCCGGGGGCGGAGGGGGGGGGGAGGAACCUGGGCUUCAACUUCUCUUCAACCCCGGGUCGCCUCCCACAGGCCCAGACGGACCGACUGACCCUGGCCUGGUGCUGUUGUGAUCGAUCUCCAUCGGGGCUCCCGCAAGCUCCCCCCCCACCCCCACUCCCCGAAACUGACCCGGGUCCCCGUCUCCUCCCCAGCGCGCCCCUCCCGCCAUGGAGUGGCAGCCGGACGAGCAGGGCCUCCAGCAGGUGCUCCAGCUCCUCAAAGACUCGCAGUCGCCCAACACGGCCACGCAGCGCAUUGUGCAGGAUAAACUGAAACAGCUGAACCAGUUCCCAGAUUUUAACAACUACUUGAUCUUCGUCCUCACCAGGCUCAAGUCUGAAGAUGAGCCGACGCGCUCACUCAGCGGGCUGAUCCUGAAAAACAACGUGAAGUCUCACUACCAGAGCUUCCCGCCGCCCGUGGCCGACUUCAUCAAACAGGAAUGUCUCAACAACAUCGGCGACGCCUCCUCGCUCAUCCGGGCCACCAUCGGCAUUCUCAUCACCACCAUCGCUUCCAAGGGCGAGCUGCAGAUGUGGCCGGAGCUGCUGCCCCAGCUGUGUAACCUGCUCAACUCCGAGGACUACAAUACCUGUGAGGGAGCCUUCGGGGCCCUGCAGAAGAUCUGCGAGGAUUCCUCGGAGCUGUUAGAUAGCGACGCCCUCAACAGACCCCUCAACGUCAUGAUCCCCAAGUUCCUGCAGUUCUUCAAGCACUGCAGCCCCAAGAUCCGGUCCCACGCCAUCGCCUGCGUGAACCAGUUCAUCAUGGACCGGGCCCAGGCGCUCAUGGACAACAUCGACACCUUCAUCGAGCACCUAUUCGCCCUGGCCGUGGACGACGACCCCGAGGUGCGGAAGAACGUGUGCCGGGCCCUGGUGAUGCUGCUGGAGGUGCGGAUCGACCGGCUCAUCCCGCACAUGCACAGCAUCAUUCAGUAUAUGCUGCAGCGCACGCAGGACCACGACGAGAACGUGGCCCUGGAGGCCUGUGAGUUCUGGCUGACGCUGGCCGACCAGCCCAUCUGCAAGGAGGUCCUGGCCUCCCACCUGGUGCAGCUCAUCCCCAUCCUGGUGAAUGGUAUGAAAUACUCGGAGAUCGACAUCAUCCUGCUCAAGGGCGACGUGGAGGAGGACGAGGCUGUCCCCGACAGCGAGCAGGACAUCAAGCCCCGCUUCCACAAGUCCCGCACCGUCACGCUGCCCCACGAGGCCGAGCGGCCCGACGGCUCCGAGGAUGCCGAGGAGGACGACGACGAUGAUGACGCCCUGUCUGACUGGAACCUGAGGAAGUGCUCGGCGGCCGCGCUGGACGUGCUGGCCAACGUCUUCCGGGAGGAGCUGCUACCCCACCUGCUGCCACUGCUCAAAGACCUGCUCUUCCACCCCGAGUGGGUGGUGAAGGAGUCGGGCAUCUUGGUGCUGGGUGCCAUCGCCGAGGGCUGUAUGCAAGGCAUGGUGCCCUACCUGCCGGAACUCAUCCCACACCUCAUCCAGUGCCUGGCCGACAAGAAGGCCUUGGUCCGCUCCAUCGCCUGCUGGACGCUCAGCCGCUAUGCCCACUGGGUGGUCAGCCAGCCUCCCGACAUGCACCUAAAGCCCCUGAUGACCGAGCUGCUCAAGCGGAUCCUGGACGGCAACAAGCGGGUGCAGGAGGCGGCCUGCAGUGCCUUCGCCACCCUGGAGGAGGAGGCGUGCACGGAGCUGGUACCCUACCUCAGCUACAUCCUGGACACCCUGGUCUUUGCCUUCGGGAAAUACCAGCACAAGAACCUGCUCAUCCUCUACGACGCCAUCGGCACGCUGGCCGACUCGGUGGGCCACCACCUCAACCAGCCUGAAUAUAUCCAGAAGCUGAUGCCACCGCUCAUCCAGAAGUGGAACGAACUCAAGGAUGAGGACAAGGACCUGUUCCCGCUGCUGGAGUGCCUGUCCUCGGUGGCCACCGCCCUGCAGAGCGGCUUCCUGCCCUACUGCGAGCCCGUCUACCAGCGCUGCGUGACCCUGGUGCAGAAGACGCUGGCCCAGGCCAUGAUGUACACCCAGCACCCCGAGCAGUAUGAGGCCCCCGACAAGGACUUCAUGAUCGUGGCUCUGGACCUGCUCAGUGGCCUGGCCGAGGGGCUGGGCGGCCACGUGGAGCAGCUGGUGGCUCGCAGUAACGUCAUGACACUCCUCUUCCAGUGCAUGCAGGACUCCAUGCCCGAGGUCCGACAGAGCUCCUUUGCCCUCCUGGGCGACCUCACCAAGGCCUGCUUCAUCCACGUCAAGCCCUGCAUCGCCGAGUUCAUGCCCAUCCUGGGCACCAACCUGAACCCCGAGUUCAUCUCUGUGUGUAACAACGCCACGUGGGCCAUCGGAGAGAUCUGCAUGCAGAUGGGGGCCGAGAUGCAGCCCUAUGUCCAGAUGGUCCUAAACAAUCUGGUGGAGAUUAUCAACCGGCCCAACACACCCAAGACACUGCUAGAGAACACAGCCAUCACCAUCGGCCGCCUGGGCUACGUGUGCCCUCAGGAGGUGGCCCCUAUGUUACAGAAGUUCAUCCGGCCCUGGUGCACAUCGCUUCGCAACAUCCGGGACAACGAAGAGAAGGACUCAGCCUUCCGCGGCAUCUGCUUGAUGAUUGGCGUGAACCCUGGCGGCGUGGUGCAGGACUUCAUUUUCUUCUGCGAUGCGGUGGCCUCCUGGGUGAGCCCCAAGGACGAUCUCAGAGACAUGUUUUAUAAGAUCCUCCACGGCUUCAAAGACCAGGUCGGGGAAGAGAACUGGCAGCAGUUCUCUGAGCAGUUCCCGCCUCUGCUCAAGGAGAGGCUGGCCGCCCUCUACGGGGUGUAGACGCCAGCGCGGGGACGCCAGGUUUCUGUCUGCAUCGCCCACGGGGGUCGGCGCUGCGUCCAGACGUCGCCGCGAGCCCUGGUCGAGGGGGGUUAGGGAGGAGUGGGCCCCAAGUCCAGCCGCCUCGCCGGGCCCUUCUCCCCGCCUGGUCCCUGCCCGGGGGAGGGAGGCCGACAGGUGGGGGGUUGGGGCCCCCAGCUCAUCCUACACGAGGGAGGGGGGUUGGGUGGGACUUCUGGGCCCCCCGGCUGCAAGUCUUGGGGGGGGUCACCCUCGGGGCGCCCCACGGGAGGGGGGGCCGGCUGCGGGGGAGGGGCGUCCCGGGCUCCUUGGCCGAUGCCCCAGGGUAAAGCAGGGGGGGUGGCAGGCGGGGAGGGGUGCCCCUGUCGGUGCGGCCACACGCAUGAGCGGGGGGUGCUGUGGCGGCCCCCGCUCCCCGACUGCAUGGAGAUAGUAGCAUUUAGUGAACCCCGAGUUAGCCCCUACGGCGCCCCCUCUCCAGCGUCACCCGCAUCUAGAGUCUACAAAAGCUUCUACCAUUUUAUUUUACUUUAUUUUUGCCGCGAUGGGCGGGGGCGGGGGCAGGGGGUGGGCUGGGGGGGUGGCGGCGGUGGUGGGAAGAGCCUGACCGUCUGGGGGGCACCCCCACCCCCAGUCAGCACACAGCACGCUUUGGACCAGUACCCCGCACUUCCCUUCUGUGAUGCCUCAGCCACUGUGUCUCCCCCACCCCAAGCUGGAAGAGCCGGGCCUUGGGGGUGCAGGGCCGCGGCCCCCAGGCGCCCCCGGAGUCCCAGUUACCAGUCGGUCGGGAACUUUCUCCCUCUAGUGCACUGGCUUGGGAGGGGGCCGGCCUUGACGGAGGGACUCCCGCCUGCCGCUAGGAGGUUGAUUCCAGGGGGGGUGGGCCUCCGCUCUGCUUGAGACCACCCCAUUUUUCCAGCGGAGUUCCCUGCGAGGAUUGGGGGGAGGGUCUUGAAGCCCUCAAUAUCUGCCUGAGAGACAGGUACCAAACCUUCAGAGGGAAGAGGCCCAGGGCUGUACCCCUGACCCUCAGUCCCCCCCACACCAGGUUGGGGUGACGGGUCGCUGUAGGGGUGUCCAGUCAGAGGGAUGAGAGAGAUUCCCCAAGAGGAAAGAAAAGGGGGGGGGGGUUACUCGCUGUUGACUUUGAAGCUGAAAAUAAACAAAAACAGCCCUGCAGGCCACAAACAAACCCCUGUUCCCAGCAGCCAUUCUUUCCAGCGUUCAUCCUCCCCGACUGGUUUUUGGCGGGGGCGUGAGAAGGGAAGCUGGACUGUGUCCGACUUUCCCGGACCCCUGAGUCUGCUCUCAAAGGGGUUGGUAGUCAAGGGUGGGGGGCAGCCACUGUUCACAUUCCAGUCACUCGAGUGGGCUGUCUGCUCCCCGCCUAGGAAACAGGUCUCUGGAAGCCAUUUGUAAAAGACAAGACAAAGAAAAAAACCUUUUUUUUUUUUUUUAAUGACAUUUUUAAUUUAGUUCUGGACAUCCUCUGUUGGGUAUUGCUAGUUAACUUUUUUUUUUCCUGUUUGUUUUUUCCCUUUUUUAAAAAAUCCUUUUAUUAUUUUUAAGAGAACUAUUUAUUUUUUUAAGUUAUUUUAUUUUGCUGGGUUGAUUUAUUUUUUAUUUUUUUGCACAAAGAAGUUUGCGUUCCUUGACCUCCUCAUUUACUGGCUCCCUGGGGGGCGCCGGGGGCCCUGACUUGGGCUCUGUAAGCUCCCCAGCUCCCCUCCUCCCCCACCCCCCCUGCGGGCUCCGGGCUCUGCUGUUGAUUUGUGACUGUGCUGUGCUGGGGACAGGUGCCACCGAGGUGGCGGGGAACUCCAGUUGUGUAGAGUUUUGAAUAAAGAGCAGUUUCUUGUGAAAA